AUGGCGCAGAAAUGGAGACACGAUGAUUACAAGGUGGCAUGGAUUUUUCCACUAGAGGUGGAACAGAUCGCUGCUUUGGAGAUGCUGGAUGAUGAACAUCCCGCACUGCCAAAGUCCCCAGCAGAUCAUAACGUUUACAGUCUGGGGUCCAUCAAUGGCCACAACAUCGUUGUCGCUGGCUUAUACCAACCUGGGAACUGUCCCGCGGCUACAGUCGUAGCACAAAUGAGGAUGACGUUUCCUAAUCUCAGGUUCGGUCUCCUGGUUGGUAUCGGUGGUGGAGUUCCAGUCGAAACAGACAACGGGAUGAUACGCCUAGGUCAUGUUGUGGUCAGUAAGCCUACGGCUGGCCAUUCCGGCGCUCUGCAGUAUGAUCAUGGGAAAGCGAGGGAUGGCCAAUUCCAACGCAUAGGAGCCCUAGCACCGCCGCCGGCAGUUCUUCUUAACGCUGCGCAGGAUCUAGAGGCAAAACGAGCAAGACGGGAUAUCGACCCGGUGCAGCAGAACGUCAGGCGGAUUGACACAAGGCGUCGUGGCCUGCGACGGUUCCAGUACCCUGGCGCGGAGAACGAUUAUCUCUAUGCGCCGCACUACGCCCAUAUAGCACAGGGAGCGCCCUGUGCAGCCGGCUGCGAACCGUCGAAGUGCAUACCUAGAGCGAGUGACGAUGACGAGACACAGACCAUCAGUGCCCAUCCAUACAAUCUCUCCUUCAAAUUACAAGGAGUCAACAGCGUGAACAACUUUGUCGCCAGGCGAGCAGAGCUUGGACGCUUACACGAGGCGUUGAAGUGGACUGUGAAUCGUCGGAUCGUUGUUCUGUAUGGCCUGGGCGGCAUGGGGAAGACCCAGACAACGAUAGCGUACGCAAAAAAAUAUCGACAUGAUUACUCGGCUGUGAUAUGGCUCGACGCAAGCAACGCCACAGCGCUGAAGCAGAGUUAUCAACGCGUGGCUCGGCAAAUUGCAAGCGAGAUUCCGUCCAUCUUUAACUUCCAGAAGGCCGUACAUAGUCGAGACCUAGAUGAGGCGAUGGGGAUAGUCAAGCGAUGGCUUGACGAACGAGAGAAUAAUCGCUGGCUGAUGAUCUAUGACAACUAUGAUGACGUUGACUUUCGUACACGAGAUAAUUCGAAACAGACUGCACAAGAUGCUGUGAUGGGGAAUGAGGAUGAUGCUGGCGGACCAGCUUCGAAAGCAUACGACAUACGCCCUUAUUUCCCGGACACCGAACACGGCGCCAUUUUCAUCACGACAAGGUCAUCGUCUGUAGGCCGCCUUGGACGCAGUAUCCAGCUUGGAAAGCUAGUCGACAUCGAGGACUGUCUUAACAUACUGACAUCAACCUCCGGGCGCGUUGAUUUUGCCAACGAUCGCGAUGCCAGGCUACUUGCACAAAAGCUUGAUGGUCUUCCACUUGCACUCGCAACAGCCGGGGCCUACCUGAAUCAAGUCUCGACCAGCUGCACGGAAUAUGUCCAAAUGUACGAGAAAAUGUGGUUGCGACUGCACGAAGAGAGUCCACACUUAUUAGAAUACGAUCGAGCAUUGUACUCCACGUGGAAUGUCACCCUCCGACAUAUUCAGCUGCAGAAUCAACACGCCGUUGAGCUCCUUCGACUGUGGGCAUACUUCGAUAACCAUGAUCUAUGGUACGAACUGCUGCAGGCAGGAGAACGGGAGAAGAAGCCAGUUUGGCUUCAUGAGUUGACAAAAGACAAGCUUAGUUUCGACGCAGCAAUGAGAGUUGUCUGCGAAUACGGGCUAGCAGAAACGAAUACGUAUGACCACCAAGGGUUAUCAUCAGGAUCGAGAGGAUAUAACGUCGAAGAUAGUCCGUCGGUGUUCCGCAAACUUGCCAGGCUCUACCGUGGACAAGGCCGAAUCACAGAAGCUGAGUCAAUGCUCGAACAGGCUCUUCGAUGCCUUGACAAGAGAUCAAGGCCAGACCACAUAUUAUCAAUUUCGAGGGUCUUCCAUAUGUUUGGCGAUCUCUACUUUGAUCAAGGUCGACUGAACGAUGCAAAGGCUAUGUAUGAACGAGCUCUCCAACGCCGUAAGAAGGCAUUAGGUCUACACCACAAGGAAACUAUUGCCACCAUCAAUGGUCUGGGCCUUUGCUACAACAGUCAAGGGCAGAUGGGAGAUGCACAGGCCAUGCUCGAACAAGCUGUUCAAAGCAGUGAGAAAGCACUAGGGCCAGACCACCGAGACACACUCACAGCCGUGCAUAAUCUAGGCAUUGUCUACGCCCAAAGAGGCCAGCUAGAGGAUGCUAACAUGAUGUAUAAACGGGCUUUCGAAGGCCGUGAGAAGGUAUUGGGGCCAUAUCAUCCGCAGACACUGUGGGCCGUCAGUAGUAUAAGCUCCAUCUACCUUGAAAGAGGUCAGUUAGAAGAUGCCAAGAUAAUGUGCGAGCGGGCCCUCCAAGGCUUGGAGAAGGCACUUGGGCCAGGCCACCCGAAAAUACUUUCGACCAUCUACUAUUUAGCUGAGAUCUUAAAAGAUCAAAGCCAACUUAAAGACGCCAAACUGAUGUGCGAACGUAUUCUUCGAGAAUAUGACACGAUGCUGGAGCCAGGUGUCCUAAAAACGUAUGUUCCAGCUUUGAGAACGCUCCAGGCCCUUGCAUGCUUGUUCGAAAAGAAGGGUGAAGCAUUUGAAGCCAUUUCAUGUUACCAACAGGCUCAGAACGGAUUUUUGAUUGUAUUUGGACCAGAUGACGAACGAUACAUCAGCAUAUGUGGUCAGAUUAGCUCAUUCCGAUCUUCGAUGGAGGAGCUCAUCAUGCCCCCUGGUGCAGAUCAGGCUCAGUGUAGGGAGGUCGACCAAUAG